AACUCAAAAGUCCAAAACCCAAACUCAUCACUCUUCUUCCCACUUUCUUCCUCUGAAAAAAAUUGAGUGCAAAGCGAUGAAUGCAAUGGGAAUAGGAGCAGCUAAUUGGUUAAAGGGAAGUGGCACAUUAUUACUUUCUUGCCGCACAAAUUCAAUUACUGCUAUUGCUUCACGCUCAAGGCCAAGUUAUUGUUCCUCCUCCUUAUUGCACCAUAAAAAUAAUAAUACCAUUUUCAGCACCAAUUGUCACAAAAUUGGUCACUGGAACAAUCAUAACACAAAAUUAUGCUUCAAUUUCUACUAUACGGCCCCAUCAAAUGUGAGUGCAACAGAAAAAGAUUCUUUGUUAGAGGAAGAUGAGGAGACGAAGCUGAGGAAGAUUAAGGAUGCGGCUAAUACAUUGGACAUUAGGGUUGGGCGAAUACUUAAGGCCUGGAGGCACGAGGAGGCUGAUUCGCUUUAUGUUGAAGAGGUUGAUGUUGGUGAGGCUGAGCCCAGAAUUAUAUGUAGUGGGCUUGUUAAAUAUGUGCCUCUUGACCAUCUUCAGGAAAGGAAUGUGAUUGUUCUUGCAAAUUUAAAGCCGAGGAAUAUGCGUGGUGUCAAGUCAAAUGGAAUGCUGAUGGCAGCAUCUGAUGCAUCUCAUGAGAAUGUGGAGCUUCUUGAGCCGCCUGAAGGCUCAGUACCUGGGGAAAGGAUAUGGUUUGGUUCUGCUGAUGAAAAGGAGAAUCUCCCUGAGGUGGCUACGCCCAACCAGGUAGCGAAAAAAAAGAUUUGGGAGCUAGUACAACCACAUCUAAAAACAGAUGGCGCUUGUGCUGCUACACUAGGAAUGCAUUCUAUGCGAACUUCAACGGGUGUGGUGGUCAGCGGAUCUCUUAAGGAUGCUACGAUAUCAUAAUUAUAUCCUAAAUUUUAUGCAGUUUUCUUAAGUUCCUGCAGAUUAUGUUCCAUCUGCCAUUCAUUGUUAUCAUCUGAUCUUAAGGUUCAUGGUCUUCUUUACUAGAUAAACCUCUGUGGAAAAGUUUCCUUUGGAUCUUAUGGCGAAUCUUUUCCUCCCUUUCAAAAAGAACAGAGAAGUUGGAAUCCUUUGUUACACUCCCCGUUUGAAGAGUGAAUUUGCUAGAGAAGGUUGAGAAAAUUUAGACCUUUUCCUUUGGUUGAGAGAGAAUGAGAAGUAAAAUUUUUGGGUUAUCCUUGUUUUGGAAAGAAAACUUGUGGGCUCAACAGAGAUAUUUCUCUUCUUUUCCGUUCAACCAAUUUGCAUGCCAAGUGAAGAAAAUUUUUAAUCA